AUGGAAAGAGAUCAUUCUAACCGUUCUAGGCCUCUUGCCUUUAAUUUCUCAAAGUUUGAUGAUUGGAAAGUGAGAAUGCAGGCACAUCUCUCGGCCAUUCAUGAUGAAAUGUGGGACGUGAUAAGUGAAGGUCCUAUUGUCGUAAUGAUGGUAAACACGCAGGCAGUUGCUCAAGGAGCAGAUCCAGAAACCAUGAUACCUAAGCCAAAAUCACAACUUACUUCAUAUGAGAAAACAAGAGCAAAUCUCGACAAUGUUGCAAGAGAUAUUCUCUAUAAGUCUCUAGAUGAUUCGCUGUUCCCGAGAGUACGGAAAUGCACUACAGCAAAACAAAUCUGGGAUACUCUCAUGAGUCUAGGUGAAGGGGGUGAACAAGAGAAGGACAACAAGCUCACCGUAGCCAUGAAGAAGUUUGAAGAUUUCAAAAUGAUGUCAAAUGAAGCCAUCACCGACAUGGAGCUCAGAUUCACAAAACUCAUGGGUGAUCUUUCGGAUCUCGGAAAGGAGCCGACUGAAAAGGAAAAAAAUCUAAAGAUACUUCGAGGGCUUCCAAAAUCAUGGUAG